AUGGUGAUCGAAUUCGUGUCUGCUCCAGCGAAUAAGAGUGGAGCAGAUAGGGCUGGAGAAGGAAUCGAUACAGCUGUGCUGGGGAAUGAUAGAGACGCAUCUGGCGGAGUGGGGGGAUCUGAGGAAAAGGGGACUCAGGGUGAAUCAAUGGGAACGAAUGGAGGCAUGUUGGGUGGAAGAGAAGGCAGGGAAGAGGACAAGGGCGAGCCGCCCAAGAGAAACGGGAUGUGGCUGUCUCGUCUCCAGGCUGCAAACGUGUCGGAAGUGCCUGUGGGGUCGGUGGGAGCUGUAGGGGAGGUCGCAGCUAUUGCAUCCCUGACAGAGCUUGACAUGUCAUACCACCUGCUCAACACCUGGCACGAGGUGCAGAGGGUAGGGGAGGAACUGCCAGGCCUCACAGCCCUGGACAUCGGCCAUUCCAGACUCUCCUUCCCUUCGUUUGUUGGAGUCUCGCCUCCUCCUCCUCCUGCGCUCUCCGUCUCUCCGUUGGCUGCGCUAAGGAAGCUUGGGCUGAGCAACACACGGGUCACAUGGGCCCAGGUGGAGGAACUUUCACGGCAGCUUCCCCUACUCGAGACCCUGGUUCUGAUUAAAAACGAGAUCUCAGGACUGCGACCCAGCUCUGGUGCCGAUGCCAGUCGUGCUCCUCUGGACUGCCUUCAGCACCUGACGUACCUGGACCUAUCGGACAAUCGCAUUGCUGACUGGGCCCAAGUCUCCUUCCUCUCAGCCUUACCUUCCUUGAAGUGGCUGCUGCUAUCAGGAAACCAAAUCACCAACAUCCCAGGGAAUGAUGGCUCGCCUGCAAACGCCUCUACCUUUCACAACCUGCACCAUCUUUCAUUAGCUGACAACAACAUCUCUCAGUGGUCGUCCAUAGAUGCCCUGGCCAUCACAUGCCCGAACCUCAAUGAGCUUGUUCUCUCCCACAAGCCAUAUGUGCCCAGAUUGCAUUCAGCCAAUCAAACGCCAGCAUCAGCCAGUGCUCCAGCCAAUGGCAACGUGACGAAGUGCAACGGGACAGAGGGCAGGGCAACAGCGAAUGGGAGCCUGACACCUGGCAGUGACGGUGCUGCUGCUGCUGAUGGGGAGGAGGGUGGGAGGGUGGAGAGGUGUGAGUUUGGGCUUGGGGUGACGGAGGAGGGGAGGAUGGGAGUGAUUGCGAGAAUGGGGUCAAUUCAGAAGCUCAAUUGUGUUCAGAUCCUACCCAGGGAGCGCAUGGAUGCAGAGAUAUGGUACAUCUCCCACACCAUCCGAUCGCUCCCCCAUGCCACAUCCGUUCCCCAACUCAUCUCCUCCGGCCACCCAGCAAUCCCUGCUCUUCUUGCCAAAUUAGGCCUUGACUUGGUAUCAGAGCGACGGAAACUCCUCCCAGGCGUCCAUGCCAACGCUUCCACAGCUGCUACUCUUGCUCCUGGUUCUGCCGGUGCUGCUGGUGGUGCUGGCAGUGCUGGCAGCAAUGCUGCUGAUGUUACUGCCAGCUCCAACCGCCCCAGAAGCUCUUCGUUCCUCAGUAAGCCCUCAGACCCCUCCUCUUAG